UUUUUUAAAAUUACGUGAACGUCACUACGUCAUCACGCUAUAGUGCGUAAACUGAAAAAAUAUAUUGCAAUAUUUUUUUUUUUAUAUGACGUCGAUGAGUACAUGUUGACAUAAGGUGGAGAAAAUGAAGCUUUUCUUUAGUUUGCUCUUAUUGCUCUGGUGUUUGCUUGAUCACGCCUUUCGCUGUGUUGUUUCAGAGGGAGUGUCGGUGUCUGUGAUGGAGGGAGAUUCAGUCACCCUGAACACUGAUGUUGAAAUAAAACAACAAGAAGAGAUUAAAUGGUAUUUUAAUGACAUUUGCAUCGCUCAAACCAGCGGAGAUCAGAGUAAGAUCUGUACAGAUGUUCAGUGUGAUGAGAAAUUCAGAGACAGACUGAAGCUGGAUCAUCAGAUUGGAUCUCUGACCAUCAUGAACACCAGAAACACAGACUCAGGACUUUAUCAACUACAACUAAAGAUCAUCAACAGCAGCAUCCGCGAAAAGACAUUCACUGUUACUGUUCAUGGUGUGUCUGGUGUUGAUACAGAAGAAGUGUCUGUGAUGGAGGGAGAUUCAGUCACUCUAAACACUGGUGUUCAAACAAAACAUCAAGAUAGAAUUAGAUGGUAUUUUAAUGACAUUCGCAUCGCUCAAAUCAAUAGAGAUCUCAGUAAGAUCUGUACAGAUGUUCAGUGUAAUGAAGAUACUGAGAGAUUCAUAGACAGACUGAAGCUGGAUCAUCAGACUGGAUCUCUGACCAUCACAAACACCAGAAACACAGAUGCUGGACUUUAUAAACUAUGGAUCACCAGCAGCAGCGACAGUGAAAAGAUCUUCAGUGUUUCUGUUCAUGGUGUUUCUGCUGCUGAACGAAAUGAAGUGAAGAGACAGGUGGGAGAAUCUGUCACUUUAGAUCCUGGUGUAAUAAAAAGCCCAAAUGAUGUGAUGACGUGGUAUUUUAAUGAGAUUCUCAUCGCUGAAAUCACUGGAGAUCAGAGUAAGAUCUGUACAGAUGAUCAGUGUGAAGAGAGAUUCAGAGACAGACUGAAGCUGGAUCAUCAGACUGGAUCUCUGACCAUCACAAACACCAGAAACACAGACUCUGGAAAAUAUACACUGAAGAUCAACAGCGGCAGCAGCAGCCGCCGUCAUCGCAGCAGCAUCAUUAAGAACUUCAGUGUUUCUGUCACUGGUGAUUCAGGUUUGUCUUCAGCUGCUGCAGCAGCAAUAAGUGCUGUUGUUGCUGUUGUUCUGCUGUUUGUGGCUGUAGCAGUUGCUGCUGUUAUUAACUAUUGCCACAAGAAAUCUACAAAAGGAAGACAAAAUGGAACUCGGAAAACAUGCAGUGAUUGUCAGGAGAUUUGUGUCACAGAACUUAUGUCCCUUAUUGACAAUUCAACAAAUGGUGUCACUAAUGAGACGUCUCUUCAUCCGGCUGAGAAUCCACAGAUAGAUGCUGAAAAAAGGAUGUCCCUUAAUCGAACUAUGACUCCACAGACGGGUGUCUGUAGUCCAACCGAGCCUCUGAACACGGAUAUCACUGGCCAGCCACACGGUAGUCAGAAUGAGUCUAAGGAAACAGGUGUCAACAGCGGGCCGCACGAUAAUCAGAAUGAGUCUAAGGAAACAGAUGGCAACAGCGGGCCGCACGAUAAUCAGACUGAGUCUAAGGAAACAGAUGCCAACAGCGGGCCGCACGGUAAUCAGAAUGAGUCUAAGGAAACAGAGGCCAACAGCGGGCCGCACGGUAAUCAGACUGAGUCUAAGGAAACAGAUGCCAACAGCGGGCCGCACGGUAAUCAGACUGAGUCUAAGGAAACAGAUGCCAACAGCGGGCCGCACGAUAAUCAGACUGAGUCUAAGGAAACAGAUGCCAACAGCGGGCCGCACGAUAAUCAGACUGAGUCUAAGGAAACAGAUGCCAACAGCGGGCCGCACGGUAAUCAGAAUGAGUCUAAGGAAACAGAUGCCAACAGCGGGCCGCACGGUAAUCAGACUGAGUCUAAGGAAACAGAUGCCAACAGCGGGCCGCACGGUAAUCAGACUGAGUCUAAGGAAACAGAUGCCAACAGCGGGCCGCACGGUAAUCAGACUGAGUCUAAGGAAACAGAUGCCAACAGCGGGCCGCACGGUAAUCAGAAUGAGUCUAAGAAAACAGAUGCCAACAGCGGGCCGCACGGUAAUCAGACUGAGUCUAAGGAAACAGAUGCCAACAGCGGGCCGCACGAUAAUCAGACUGAGUCUAAGGAAACAGAUGGCAACAGCGGGCCGCACGGUAAUCAGAAUGAGUCUAAGAAAACAGAUGCCAACAGCGGGCCGCACGGUAAUCAGACUGAGUCUAAGGAAACAGAUGCCAACAGCGGGCCGCACGAUAAUCAGACUGAGUCUAAGGAAACAGAUGCCAACAGCGGGCCGCACGAUAAUCAGACUGAGUCUAAGGAAACAGAUGCCAACAGCGGGCCGCACGAUAAUCAGACUGAGUCUAAGGAAACAGAUGCCAACAGCGGGCCGCACGAUAAUCAGACUGAGUCUAAGGAAACAGAUGCCAACAGCGGGCCGCACGAUAAUCAGACUGAGUCUAAGGAAACAGAUGCCAACAGCGGGCCGCACGAUAAUCAGACUGAGUCUAAGGAAACAGAUGCCAACAGCGGGCCGCACGGUAAUCAGAAUGAGUCUAAGGAAACAGAGGCCAACAGCGGGCCGCACGGUAAUCAGACUGAGUCUAAGGAAACAGAUGCCAACAGCGGGCCGCACGGUAAUCAGACUGAGUCUAAGGAAACAGAUGCCAACAGCGGGCCGCACGAUAAUCAAACUGAGUCUAAGGAAACAGAUGCCAACAGCGGGCCGCACGGUAAUCAGAAUGAGUCUAAGAAAACAGAUGCCAACAGCGGGCCGCACGAUAAUCAGAAUGAGUCUAAGGAAACAGAUGCCAACAGCGGGCCGCACGAUAAUCAGACUGAGUCUAAGGAAACAGAUGCCAACAGCGGGCCGCACGAUAAUCAGACUGAGUCUAAGGAAACAGAUGCCAACAGCGGGCCGCACGGUAAUCAGACUGAGUCUAAGGAAACAGAUGCCAACAGCGGGCCGCACGAUAAUCAGAAUGAGUCUAAGGAAACAGAUGCCAACAGCGGGCCGCACGGUAAUCAGACUGAGUCUAAGGAAACAGAUGCCAACAGCGGGCCGCACGGUAAUCAGACUGAGUCUAAGGAAACAGAUGCCAACAGCGGGCCGCACGAUAAUCAGACUGAGUCUAAGGAAACAGAUGCCAACAUCGGGCCGCACGAUAAUCAGACUGAGUCUAAGGAAACAGAUGCCAACAGCGGGCCGCACGAUAAUCAGACUGAGUCUAAGGAAACAGAUGGCAACAGCGGGCCGCACGAUAAUCAGACUGAGUCUAAGGAAACAGAUGCCAACAGCGGGCCGCACGGUAAUCAGAAUGAGUCUAAGAAAACAGAUGCCAACAGCGGGCCGCACGGUAAUCAGACUGAGUCUAAGGAAACAGAUGCCAACAGCGGGCCGCACGAUAAUCAGACUGAGUCUAAGGAAACAGAUGGCAACAGCGGGCCGCACGGUAAUCAGAAUGAGUCUAAGAAAACAGAUGCCAACAGCGGGCCGCACGGUAAUCAGACUGAGUCUAAGGAAACAGAUGCCAACAGCGGGCCGCACGAUAAUCAGACUGAGUCUAAGGAAACAGAUGCCAACAGCGGGCCGCACGAUAAUCAGACUGAGUCUAAGGAAACAGAUGCCAACAGCGGGCCGCACGAUAAUCAGACUGAGUCUAAGGAAACAGAUGCCAACAGCGGGCCGCACGAUAAUCAGACUGAGUCUAAGGAAACAGAUGCCAACAUCGGGCCGCACCAUAAUCAGACUGAGUCUAAGGAAACAGAUGCCAACAGCGGGCCGCACGAUAAUCAGACUGAGUCUAAGGAAACAGAUGGCAACAGCGGGCCGCACGAUAAUCAGACUGAGUCUAAGGAAACAGAUGCCAACAGCGGGCCGCACGGUAAUCAGAAUGAGUCUAAGAAAACAGAUGCCAACAGCGGGCCGCACGGUAAUCAGACUGAGUCUAAGGAAACAGAUGCCAACAGCGGGCCGCACGAUAAUCAGACUGAGUCUAAGGAAACAGAUGCCAACAGCGGGCCACACGAUAAUCAGACUGAGUCUAAGGAAACAGAUGCCAACAUCGGGCCGCACGAUAAUCAGACUGAGUCUAAGGAAACAGAUGCCAACAGCAGGCCGCACGAUAAUCAGACUGAGUCUAAGGAAACAGAUGGCAACAGCGGGCCGCACGAUAAUCAGACUGAGUCUAAGGAAACAGAUGCCAACAGCGGGCCGCACGGUAAUCAGAAUGAGUCUAAGAAAACAGAUGCCAACAGCGGGCCGCACGGUAAUCAGACUGAGUCUAAGGAAACAGAUGCCAACAGCGGGCCGCACGAUAAUCAGGCUGAGUCUAAGGAAACGGAUGCCGACAGCGGGCCGCACGAUAAUCAGACUGAGUCUAAGGAAACAGAUGCCAACAGCGGGCCGCACGAUAAUCAGAAUGAGUCUAAGGAAACAGAUGUCGACAGCGGGCCGCACAGUAAUCAGACUGAGUCUAAGAAAACAGAUGCCGACAGCGGGCCACACAGUAAUCAGAAUGAGUCUAAGGAAACAGAUGCCAACAGCGGGCCGCACGGUAAUCAGACUGAGUCUAAGGAAACAGAUGCCAACAGCAGGCCGCACGAUAAUCAGACUGAGUCUAAGGAAACAGAUGCCAACAGCGGGCCGCACGAUAAUCAGAAUGAGUCUAAGGAAACAGAUGCCAACAGCGGGCCGCACGAUAAUCAGAAUGAGUCUAAGGAAACAGAUGCCAACAGCGGGCCGCACGAUAAUCAGAAUGAGUCUAAGGAAACAGAUGCCAACAGCGGGCCGCACGAUAAUCAGAAUGAGUCUAAGGAAACAGAUGCCAACAGCGGGCCGCACGAUAAUCAGACUGAGUCUAAGGAAACAGAUGCCAACAUCGGGCCGCACCAUAAUCAGACUGAGUCUAAGGAAACAGAUGCCAACAGCGGGCCGCACGAUAAUCAGACUGAGUCUAAGGAAACAGAUGGCAACAGCGGGCCGCACGAUAAUCAGACUGAGUCUAAGGAAACAGAUGCCAACAGCGGGCCGCACGGUAAUCAGAAUGAGUCUAAGAAAACAGAUGCCAACAGCGGGCCGCACGGUAAUCAGACUGAGUCUAAGGAAACAGAUGCCAACAGCGGGCCGCACGAUAAUCAGACUGAGUCUAAGGAAACAGAUGCCAACAGCGGGCCACACGAUAAUCAGACUGAGUCUAAGGAAACAGAUGCCAACAGCGGGCCGCACGAUAAUCAGACUGAGUCUAAGGAAACAGAUGCCAACAUCGGGCCGCACGAUAAUCAGACUGAGUCUAAGGAAACAGAUGCCAACAGCAGGCCGCACGAUAAUCAGACUGAGUCUAAGGAAACAGAUGGCAACAGCGGGCCGCACGAUAAUCAGACUGAGUCUAAGGAAACAGAUGCCAACAGCGGGCCGCACGGUAAUCAGAAUGAGUCUAAGAAAACAGAUGCCAACAGCGGGCCGCACGGUAAUCAGACUGAGUCUAAGGAAACAGAUGCCAACAGCGGGCCGCACGAUAAUCAGGCUGAGUCUAAGGAAACGGAUGCCGACAGCGGGCCGCACGAUAAUCAGACUGAGUCUAAGGAAACAGAUGCCAACAGCGGGCCGCACGAUAAUCAGAAUGAGUCUAAGGAAACAGAUGUCGACAGCGGGCCGCACAGUAAUCAGACUGAGUCUAAGAAAACAGAUGCCGACAGCGGGCCACACAGUAAUCAGAAUGAGUCUAAGGAAACAGAUGCCAACAGCGGGCCGCACGGUAAUCAGACUGAGUCUAAGGAAACAGAUGCCAACAGCAGGCCGCACGAUAAUCAGACUGAGUCUAAGGAAACAGAUGCCAACAGCGGGCCGCACGAUAAUCAGAAUGAGUCUAAGGAAACAGAUGCCAACAGCGGGCCGCACGAUAAUCAGAAUGAGUCUAAGGAAACAGAUGCCAACAGCGGGCCGCACGAUAAUCAGAAUGAGUCUAAGGAAACAGAUGCCAACAGCGGGCCGCACGAUAAUCAGAAUGAGUCUAAGGAAACAGAUGCCAACAGCGGGCCGCACGAUAAUCAGACUGAGUCUAAGGAAACAGAUGCCAACAGCGGGCCGCACGGUAAUCAGACUGAGUCAAUGGCGCUUCAUGCUUGUAAAUCCUCUCAUUAUAACAAGCAAAAUGCAGACAUGAGUGUGUCUGGUGUUGAUACAGAAGAAGUGUCAGUGACGGAGGGAGAUUCAGUCACUCUGAACACUGGUGUUCAAACAAAACAUCAAGACAGAAUUAAAUGGUAUUUUAGUGACACUCUCAUCGCUCAAAUCAAUAGAGAUCUCAGUAAGAUCUGUACAGAUGUUCAGUGUAAUGAAGGUAAUGAGAGAUUCAGAGACAGACUGAAGCUGGAUCAUCAGACUGGAUCUCUGACCAUCACAAACACCACAAACACAGACUCUGGAGUUUAUAAACUGAAGAUCUUCACCAGCAGCAGUGACAGUAAAAGGAUCUUCAGUGUUUCUGUUCAUGGUGUUUCUGCUGCUGAACGAAAUGAAGUAAAGAGAAAGGAGGGAGAAUCUGUCACUUUAGAUACUGGCGUAAUAAAAAACCCAAAUGAUGUGAUGACGUGGUAUUUUAAUGAGAUUCUCAUCGCUGAAAUCACUGGAGAUCAGAGUAAGGUCUGUACAGAUGAUCAGUGUGAUGAGAGAUUCAGAGACAGACUGAAGCUGGAUCAUCAGACUGGAUCUCUGACCAUCACAAACACCAGAAACACAGACUCUGGAGAAUAUAAACUACUGAUCACCAGCAGAAGCAGCAGCAGCCGCCGUCAUCGCAGCAGCAUCAUUAAGAGAUUCAUUGUUUCUGUCACUGGUGAUUCAGGUUUGUCUUCAGCUGCUGCAGCAGCAAUAAGUGCUGUUGUUGCUGUUGUUCUGCUGUUUGUGGCUGUAGCAGUUGCUGCUGUUAUUAACUAUUGCCACAAGAAAUCUACAAAAGGAAGACAAAAUGGAACUCGGAAAACAUGCAGUGAUUGUCAGGAGAUUUGUGUCACAGAACUUAUGUCCCUUAUUGACAAUUCAACAAAUGGUGUCACUAAUGAGACGUCUCUUCAUCCGGCUGAGAAUCCACAGAUAGAUGCUGAAAAAAGGAUGUCCCUUAAUCGAACUAUGACUCCACAGACGGGUGUCUGUAGUCCAACCGAGCCUCUGAACACGGAUAUCACUGGCCAGCCACACGGUAGUCAGAAUGAGUCUAAGGAAACAGGUGUCAACAGCGGGCCGCACGAUAAUCAGAAUGAGUCUAAGGAAACAGAUGUCAACAGCGGGCCGCACGAUAAUCAGACUGAGUCUAAGGAAACAGAUGGCAACAGCGGGCCGCACGAUAAUCAGACUGAGUCUAAGGAAACAGAUGCCAACAGCGGGCCGCACGGUAAUCAGAAUGAGUCUAAGGAAACAGAUGCCAACAGCGGGCCGCACGAUAAUCAGACUGAGUCUAAGGAAACAGAUGCCAACAGCGGGCCGCACGGUAAUCAGACUGAGUCUAAGGAAACAGAUGCCAACAGCGGGCCGCACGAUAAUCAGACUGAGUCUAAGGAAACAGAUGCCAACAUCGGGCCGCACGAUAAUCAGACUAAGUCUAAGGAAACAGAUGCCAACAGCGGGCCGCACGAUAAUCAGACUGAGUCUAAGGAAACAGAUGGCAACAGCGGGCCGCACGAUAAUCAGACUGAGUCUAAGGAAACAGAUGGCAACAGCGGGCCGCACGGUAAUCAGAAUGAGUCUAAGAAAACAGAUGCCAACAGCGGGCCGCACGGUAAUCAGACUGAGUCUAAGGAAACAGAUGCCAACAGCGGGCCGCACGAUAAUCAGACUGAGUCUAAGGAAACAGAUGCCAACAGCGGGCCGCACGAUAAUCAGAAUGAGUCUAAGGAAACAGAUGCCAACAGCGGGCCGCACGGUAAUCAGACUGAGUCAAUGGCGCUUCAUGCUUGUAAAUCCUCUCAUUAUAACAAGCAAAAUGCAGACAUGAUAUAAAUAAUAGAUUAAUUUUGCAACGUAGACAGCUGUGUUGAUUAUAAUGAAACUUUGUGAGAUUGCGAUGAACUGAGAGUGACAGCUUUUUAGUGAUUUUAAAUGGACCAUGAAUCCUUUUUUGUAUUUUGGAUUACAAUGUUACGAUAAAGUUGACAAGAACAUGAAAAAAAGUAAUAGUUGACAAUGUUAUGUUGGACUAAUUGCCUGCAUUAUGACGCAAUUAUAAUACAUUACUAUAAUGUAAUUAUGCAUGAUUAUGCAGUUACCAUAGGUAUUAGUUUUACAAUUAGCAUUAAAUCACAAGUUUGCGACUCUUCAAGGCAGAUGUUAGUGCACUAUUUUGAAAUAGGAUUUUUAGAUUCACUUUACUAGCAACACUAACACUGUGCCAUUUUGCUUGUUUUAAACUGCAAGUAAAGUUCAUUUAAAAGAAUACAUGACUAGACUGUAGUCAUGAAUUGCAGUCAUUUAAGUUUAAUUAGCCUAUGUCAUUUUCCAGUGUAUGUUUAAAAAUGGGGAUGACAGGUAAAAGGCUAGUGUAUUAGAUGUUUAUGUCGAUUUGUUGUUUAAUUCUUGUGAUUCUUUUUUCUUUACAGAUUUGUUAGUUAAUUAUUACCAUUUACUUCAUAUUUAUGUUAACUUUUAUCAGCAUUCAUUUCAUAGUAAAUUGCAGUUCAUAUGAUUAUUUAUUUAGUGGGGGCGCUAUCUAAAUCUCGCUUAGGGCACCAUCAGAGCCUGGGCCGGCCCUGUACAUAGGCUACUGAAUGUUCCUAUUGUUGAAAUGUGCAAAAGUGAUUUUUUUUAACUUUCCUGUAACAAAUAUGUUGUUUCCUGUAACAUUGAGCCUUUUGUGAUGCAUUUUGUUUGUGUGUGCGUGUAUUUACAAAAUGAGAAUUGGUCUUUCUGUGGAUUAGACACUGGAUGAGAUCAGUGAACCAAGCAUUGCAUAAUGAUCACGUCAUAAUCAAAACAUAACCAACAACACAUUAUCACAUCUUCUCUUAGCUUCUUCAUGCCAUAACAAAUAUAUCUUAAAAAUGAAUGUGAAAUGUUUUUUUUUUUUUGUUUUAUAUUACCAACACUGUUACUACAGCAAAGUACAAAGCAGUGUAAAACAAUAAAUUAGGAUUUGUUUUUUUUAAACCAAUCAGUUACCAAAAAAAAAAAAAAAAGUUACAAUUACAACAUAACGUAGAUUCACAGAAACAUCAAGAAUCAUCAUAUAAAUCUCAACAACGGUGACAAUGAACAAAAAAGAUAAAAGUCUCUCAAAAAAGAUCAACUCUGAAAAUCACAAAACACACUACUAAAAGUCAACACAAAAACAACAGCAAAAAUAAAGGCAAACAAUAAGAAUUAAAGAAAAUAACCAGGUAAUUCAGUGACAUAAUUUAUUCAUGCCGCAAUGCAUGCUGGGAGUCAGACGAUUUUAGUAUUAUGUUGUACCCAGCAUGCAUUGCGGCAUGAAGUAUUUGAUUGCCACCAUUGUUGUGAUUCAAACUUUAGUUCCUGAUGUCUGUGUGACUCUGAGUUAUUCAGUAGUUCAAAAUGUUUUGAGUAUGAACUGAUUUCAGAAUCAUUCAUGUUAUUUGGUUGUCACAACAAUGAUGAUCUGAUGCUGUAGAAUCACAGGAACUCCAUAUCAAAAAUAUAAAACAUGGAUUAAUAAUAGAUUAGACUCUGAUGAGAUCAACAUAUCAGGCCAUUAGAUGAUGAUUGGGAGCAUUAAUAAUUGACUAACAUCUAGUGAUGUUACGUUCUGUGCCGAGGCUUCAGAGCGUAUAUCGAGAAAUCCUGGAUGCUUUCAGUGAAGCACGUAUUGAGGCUUGUAUCUCUUUAGACCAAUGCCUCGCUUCUGCCUGACUGAUUCAGGAAGCGGUUUGAAUCUUGGCGCGACAUUUUGACAGAUAUAUAAACCCAUGGGAUCUCCUCAAAAUGCGUGGUUGUAAUGUGAAAAUAGUUUUUUUUUUUUUUCUCCACCGUCACUUCUAUGCCUUAUGGCGCAAAAUACAGUGUGUCUGAUCAUCUGUAAUGUAUCUGAUUGUUUUAUACUCUUUGACCACCAGGUGGUAUUGUGACCAAAUAAAGUCUCAAGAAAUGAA